CGAACAAAAUUCGGCUGUCAUUGCGGAUUCACAAUUGCUUACACCAUGUUCCGUUAGUGGCGCUAGCGACGUGCGAUAAUCUUUGUGUAAAAAAAACUACGUUUCUUCAUUUUCUACCAACAAAAAGUCCAUCAAUAUCCCUGUGAUUGGUGCAAAAAGGCCCUGAGACAAGAGAUCCACCUGUACUGAGUGACUAUCACCACGAAUCCAGCAUCAUUGACCUGUUUGGGAGCUGAAAAAGGUCAUCUGACGUAGGCAAGACAAGAAGUGCAGAAAGAUGGCAACAACACCUCGAGGUGGAGGAGCAACAGCUCAGCGACCAAAUGGAGCCACUCAGGGCAAAAUAUGCCAGUUUAAGUUGGUUUUGCUGGGCGAAUCGGCUGUGGGGAAGUCCUCGCUGGUGCUGCGUUUUGUCAAAGGACAAUUCCAUGAGUACCAGGAGAGCACAAUUGGUGCGGCAUUUCUUACACAAACCGUCUGCAUCGAUGAGACGACUGUGAAAUUCGAAAUCUGGGAUACUGCUGGUCAGGAAAGAUAUCACAGUUUAGCGCCCAUGUAUUAUCGCGGUGCCCAAGCGGCAAUUGUAGUUUAUGACAUUCAGAACCAGGACAGUUUUCAGCGGGCGAAGACUUGGGUUAAGGAACUACAGCGACAGGCGGCACCAAAUAUCGUAAUAGCUUUGGCUGGAAACAAGGCCGAUCUAUCUAACAGUCGAGUGGUUGAGUAUGAAGAGGCGAAACAGUAUGCUGAAGAAAAUGGGUUACUCUUCAUGGAGACAUCCGCCAAAACGGCGAUGAAUGUUAAUGAUAUAUUUUUGGCAAUUGCCAAAAAACUCCCCAAAAAUGAAGGAGCUGGCCCACAAGCUGGUGGCCAAGGACGGAGAUUAGAACAAAAUGAACAAAGCAGACAGUCGUCUAACUGCUGCAAGUGAUGUCAUUUUGCAGAUAUUAUGGAGGACAGAAUUUUGGGUAUUUUAAAAACUACACACGAACAACAGCAGCAGCUAAUGAAUCUACAACAACUUCAGAAAAAAAUUCUUAUAGUGUGUUUGGGGUGGGAAGGAAAGACAAAGUUAAUGAAGAUUCAAUAAGAGAUAAUAAUAUAUUUAAAAAAAAAUGGGGAAAAAUUGCAAUUCCGUGGACGUGAUGAUAAGUGAAAAAAAUAUACAAUCGAAGCAAGAAACUUUUUCUAAUUGGAGAAAAAGACAAAGAAAAUAGAAAUAUAAUUGCUGUGGGAAAGAUUUAUUUUGUAGAUUAUUGUGACAUCCAAUGUAAGAUUCCUUUUUUUUUUGGGAAUAUUUAUUGAGUAUAUACAGAAAAGUUGAUUGAGCUUUCAUAUUUUGCAUAUGACAAUUUUCUGCAAUAGAACGUUUUUUUUUUCUUAUUUGAAAAUGUAUUUUUUUUUAAAAAAUUUAUUUACAAAUUGGACAGCAAGUUAUAUUUCAAAGCCACGGAUUCUCUUUUUUUGGAAUCAUUAACAAUGAAUACAAUCACGUUUAUAAAGGAUUAAAAGGAUGUUCUGAUGGAUUUUUUUAAUCCUUCUGUUAUGAUGUUGCAAAGAAAGGAGUUGAUGAGAAAAUUGUGUCUGUUUUUAAUGUACUCAGAAAAAAAAGUAUAUUAUAUAAAGUAUAAUUUUGUAAAAUAUCCCCUUUAAAAGAAAAGAAAAAAAAAGAAUAUCUGUGGAUUUUUUUUUGUAUUUUUUCUAUCCAGAAAAAAAUCAAGGAUAACACCAUUAAAUUAGCAUAAAACAUAUAAAUCAUACAUUGAGACACAUUCCAACAUUAUGCUGUUGCUGUUUGCAGUUGAAAUUUUACUGAAAGUAAUGAAGAUAGUAAAGAGAAAAAAAUCAUAAGAAAAAAAUAUAAUUAAAAAAAAUGUAAAUGUGAAAAUGAUUGAGAUAAAACUUAUAUAGAUUCUUUUCCGGGAACUUUCACACACAAACACAAAAUAGACACGUAUCCAUUUAAAAUGAUAAAAAAAAUUCAAACACUCAUAAUGAUUACACAUUAUUACCUUGUUUUCUUUUCUGUCUCUUCUUUAUUGUUUCUUUCAAUUGUGACAAAAAAAAUAAAUAAGAAACAAAAUUUGUCGCAAUUUGCGAUGAAUUUUUGGAUGAGAAAUAAAUCCAUCUGCAAUCGUGUACUGAGUGGUUUUCUUGACAAAAAGAAAGAAAAAUAAAACAACAGCAAAAUAGGUGAAAAAACUUAUCGAAUUAUGAGGCAACAUAACACGGAUGAUACCCUAAAAAAUCAAGAAAUUUUUCACAAAAAGUGAAUUUAAAAAGAAAAAUGAAUGAAACGCCAGAGUGAUACUGAAUGAUUAAUUUAGAAGUACGGCAAAGUGCCCAUGCCUCGUACGAUCCUAUCCUUCGUAAUGAUAAAAAAUUUUCUGUUUAUCAAUAAAUGUGACAUCGCACCAAUAUUUUAAAAACUAGGAGAAAAUGCUUAGUUUUUAAAAUAUGCGGAGUCACAUUUAUUGAGAAACAUUGAAAAAAUUUAGUCAUUACGAAGCUUGGGAUCAUACGAAGCAUGGGCACUUUCUACUAAAAUAAAAAAAUAAAAAAAAAACAGAGAAGAUUAAAGAAAUUAAAAAAAAUAUAUAUAAAGUGUAAUAACUAAAAGUGAAAAAAGAAGUAAUGUAAUUGCAUAUAUUAUUCUUACUACCAAUUUACUAUUUUAUUGAGUAGGGGAUGGUUGAUGAAAAAAGAUAAAAAAAAGGAUAGAGUAAUGGAGAUUCUUAAGCAUAUUGCUGAAAAAAAAAAGAAAAUUUAUUCAUCUGUCGGAGAUUAAAAAUGACAAUUGGAUGGAUUGUGAAAGUAUUCGAUCAAUAAAUGUGAAGACAAGACAAAAAAAAAUACACAAAAAGCUAAAAAAAAAAAUCUUUUUAAUAAAAGAAAAAAUGAAUUAGAAAAUAAAUUUUAUAUAUAAAAGAAAUCUUUAAGAAAAGAAAGAUAAAAAGAAAUAUUCCUACUUUUAAAAGAAUAUUGCAAAAAAGAGAAAUGCAUUAAAUGUAAUAAUUUAGAAAGAAAAUUAAUAAUCCAGAGAUUUUUGUGUUAAAAAUGUCGCUUUUUGGUGUUUUAUCAUUUGUUUUUUCUUUUGUAAAAAAAAAAUAAUCUAAGACUUGGAGAAUUUUCUCCAUUUACACUUGUUAUAAUUUUUUAUCAUUUUUAUUUAGAUUCUUUUUCUUUCUUAAUUUUUUUUUUAGCAAAUUGCAGAAGAACAUCUUGUGGCUAAAGUAGUUGGAUAGAGCAAUCUGUAUCCAACUACUUUAGGCGCUUUGUUGGUUUUCUGAAAUUAACCCAAGUGAAAUAUUACAUUUUUAAAAAUUCCACUUCAUUUUUCCUUUCAUUUUUCAGAAGAAAAACCUUUCAAACUCCAACACUUCACCAUUUUUUAAGCUCUGAUUUUUGGGAGAGGUAUUACGGGAUUUUAGGUAAGCUCCGCCCAUAUUUUUAGACCACGCCCAUUACCGGUUUAUUAUUAAUUAAGAUUGGCAAUUCAUUUAGGUUUCCAUGCAAUUAAAUAUUUAAUGAUAAUAAAAUAUACUUAAUUAGGGUAAGUGUGCCAAAUUUCGAUAUAGUUGCACGCAACCGCCAAAUUCUCAAAAUUGAAAUGUAAUAUUUUUAAUAGAAUUUGAAUUUUUUGUUACUUUUUAUUAAAGAGUGUUUCUUGGAACCUUGUAGACAGUUUAUCGUCUUUAUUUUCUCUAAAUUCAUUCUUAAUCAUUUUUAAAGGGAAUAAAAAUAUGUAAACAUAACAUUGGUGCCCUAUUUCGGCCACCUUCAUUCUCAUAGUUCCGUACCCUCCCGGAAUUCUUUCAAUGUCUUUUUCAGAUCAUCUUGCUCGUCGAAGCGACAUUUUUUUGCUAUUUUUCCAUUGUAUAUUCUCUAGAGUAUGCAAAAACUAAAAAAUCAUGGAUAUUCGAAGAACAAAAAAAAUGUGGCCGAAAUUGCAAGCUGGCCGGAAUUUGGCACACUUACCCUACAUGUGAAAAAUUCUAAAAUACUAAAUUUACCCUGUAAAAAAAUUAAUAAUUGGAAUUACAUUAAUAAACAUACUCAAAUUGAUCGUGAUUACAAAUUGAAUUAAAAUUUGAAUUGUUAAGGGGGAAGUUAGGCACCUUUGAAUUGGGGCAGCUUUGAAAAUGGGAUUUCUUCCCAUUUUUAAAUCGAAUUGACCCUUAUAAUGUAAUUUAGCUUCGCAUUUUCUUUGUUGAGCUAAAUUAUGUCAUAAUAAGGUCCAGUUUGAUUUAAAAGGAGAAAAAAGCGCAAUAUUUUUCACAUUUUUCCGUACAAUUUAUUUCACUUUGGUCUUUGCAAUUCAACAUGUUACAAUGCGUCCGUCUCCGUCUUAGUUCUCCAUCCGACUUCUGGUAUUAAACAGUGGUAUUAAACAUUAAGUGGCACUGAAACAGUGCUACUUAACGCUUGUUUUUGGACUUAUGAAAAUCUUUUUUACUUCUUCUAAAUCCAUAUAAUUAUUCACUGUUUCAUUCAAAAACAUAAUAUAAAAAAAAUUAUGAAAAAUAUUAAAGAAAAAUUAAAAAAUAAUGAUUAUACCGAAAUAAGUCAGCAUGCGCUAACUGGGUCGCUUUUUCGCUAAUUCACUUUUAAUAAUACCUUUGGAUUUAAAAUACUUUUUCACAAGGAAAAAACAAUAAAUGUUUUCAAUCAACCAGCUGUCAUUAGCGAAAAUAUCACUGCUAGAAAAUUUUUAAUGAAAAACCCAGCUGGUACAAGAUUGAAAUGAGUCGAUUACACUCACUUAUUUAAUGAAUAAAAAUAUUAUUUUUGCAUUUUCUCAAAGUUGAAUAGUUAUAUUAUGUUACUGUAGUGACUAUAUUACGGAAAUAAAAAUAAAAAUAUUAUUCUAAAAGUGGAUUAGUCAUAAACGAUCCAGAUAGCGAAGCGCCCGGAUUAGCACACUUGACUAUAUUUCUAUCUGUAUUUUAUUUUCUGCAACUUUGAAACUUAAUGUAAGUUUAUUUUAGAGCUACAGAAAAAAUUAAAGGCAAUUAUUAUAAUUAUGGGCGGGACUUAAAAAACCGCACUGAUAAAAAUAAACCGCAUAGGGUGGCGGCAUUACUUUUGGCCUGUCUUUACUUAUGGUCUCGUCGCAGUUUUUGUCAGAAAAUGAUUCUGAAAACCAAGAAAAUGUGACAUGCUAUAACAACACAUUGAAUAUUUGAAUAUUAAUUUUGAGAUUUUUCGAAAUCAUUUUUUGUGACAUUGUAAAGUUUUUUUCGAGGAGGCCAUAAGUAAAGACAGAGACCCCAAGUAAUGCUGCUACCCUAUUCUAUAAAGAAGACAAAAAAUAUUCAGUUUCUCGGACGUAUUGAGCAAAAUAAGAAUUAACAGGUGUUAAGCCUCUUCUAAAUUACCACGCCUAAAUGUUGAUGACAAAUCAUACGACAAUCAAAUGCUAAUUGAUUUUUUUUCUUGGUUUAUGAUUCUAAUUUCAUUCCAUUUUCCGUGAGAGUAUUAUGGCCAACGCACAAUAAUUAUUGUUUUUUUUUUAACAUAUUUUCGACAUUUCAAUGAGAGGGAGUGAGAUUUAAAUCUAGUCAUUUCGCUCACUCUCAUAGGAAACUUUGAAAACAUAUUUACAAACAAAAGUUAUUGUGCGCUGGACAUUAUACAUAUUACUGUGCAGUUAAUUGUUUUCAGAUAAUGUGCUAAAUAUUCCAUUAAAAAAUUACAUGGAAUUUCUAUAGGGGCGUGGUUUAUAUUUUAUGUUAAGGAUUAAAGUUAUGGAAUAUUUUUUUCUUUAUAUUGUAUUGAAAUAAUUUAUCGAGUAUUCUUUACAUUAAUAAACAUACUCAAAUUGAUCGUGAUUACAAAAUGGGCGUGACCAAAAAAAUGUUCCUGGGCGGGGCUUAUUUAAGAACUUCAGUACUGUCUCGAUGUAAAGUAUGCAAUUGCAAAAAAAAAACUGUGGUAGUGUUGUGAUGCCAUCAUUAUUUUUGGUUUUAUUCUGAAUUUUAUUCUUGCACACUGAUUUUAUGCAUUUUUAGUACACUCAAUUUUCUUUCAACCAAGAAGAUAAAAGAAAAUAAUUUGUAAGUAAUAUUGCAAUUUUUGUCACAUCAAUCACUUUCACUCAAGAUUGGAGUGUGCUAUUUUGGAGAGAAUGAUAAAUAGAAUGUUUGAAACAAAAUUGUUAAUUAUUCGAGUAUAAAAAGGAAUUCAGAGAUAAAGAAAAUAUGGGGCUUAUAUUGUUGUCUAACACGAAAAAAAGGGAUCGACGAAAAUGAGACUAGAAAUACAAAAAAAAGAAACAAAUUUCAUUUAUUUUACAAGAAAGAAUUAUCCUCAUCUGAAAAAUAAAUCAUGAUAUCAAACUAUGUAAAAAAAUAUUAAGUUAAAUGUGGACGAGGAGAAAUCAAUCUGUAAAUUUUCAAAAAAAUAUUUACUUUAGUAAAAAAAAAGAAAUAAAGUGAAGAGAAGCAUUAAAUCAUUCAAUAAUGUUCUUAUAAUUUUUCUAGGGUCAAAUAACAGUAAAUUUUAUUAUAAAAAAAAACAAAUAAAGCAAAGACCGAAAAGUUUUUAAGAAAAAAAGAUUAAAGAAAAACCGUAAAUAUUCAAGUAAAUGAAUAUAAGUAAUAAUUGGGACGGAUACUAAAGUUUAGAAUUGGAAUAAAAUUAUUCACUCUUUACACGCAAGAAAAAAAAAAAAAAACAAAAACCAACCCAUUUAAAAAAUACUAUUAUUAUAAUUAUUAUUACAUGAAAAAAGUGCAGAGGAAAUAUUAUGUAAUUAAUAUGAUUUUAGAUAAAGAAUAAAAGAAAAUAAUUGUA